CUUUGCCCCUUCCAUCCCCUGGCCUGAACAUGGCGUCCGACUUGUUCAAAACAUCCACCCGUGGGUACCAGCAAUCAUGCCCUGCGUUUGGAGAGCUGGUUGCGGCUAACCAGGAUUGUGAUGAAGUCGAGAAAUUGAACAGAACAGAGUCGGUGGGACUGAAGAGUUGGUUUGCAGAGCAUGUGUCGAACAGUCCUGAGAUUGGCGCUCCACGCCCCCCCGCAAGAAGGAGUGAAUCUCAACAAUCCCAAGAAGCAAGCUGCCGACGUCAAAUCGCUUUGGAGCAAGUCCAUCGCUUUGCCUCUCGGUGCAAGGAAGUGGACAAUAACAUCCUGUUUUCGAGCAGGUCAUCUCCCAAUUUGGCAAUGGCUGUGGACAGAGGGGUGGCUGCGGCUGUACCACAGCCCGAAAGCGCUGGCUUUCACAAGGACAACUGCGGCAUUCUAUGGCAUACAGAGGAUCACGCUGGCCACGAAGCCUCGCCGUCGAAACCGUCCAAGCCGUCCAAUCCACCAACAACAUGCUUGGCAUGUUGCGAUGCAAAGUUGGUCGUCAGCAAGCUUGUAUCGUCCUUUCGAACAGCUAUUGGACACGGCGAUCUAGGCAUUGAAGAUCCUGGAUUUCAAGAUCCUGCAAACGCAGUUAUCAUUUUCGAUUGGGACGACACACUUUUGCCAACCACGUACAUUUUGGGGACGGUGAUUCCAAGCUUGCCUGAAGAAGACAAAGCUGGUGUUUUGCCGGAGGAUUCGGAAUACCAGGAGCAGCUCGCUGCCCACGCACAUUUGGUGCAGUUCUUGCUACGCACCGCACGUCGGGUCGCAAGGGUCGCAAUUGUGUCCAAUUCUUUGAGUCCUUGGGUGCAAGCUUCGGCAGCCCGUUACUUGCCUGGUAUUGAUUUCGAAGCACUCUUUGACGAAUUGGAUGUGCCAAUUUACUACUCCAGGCAACACCUCUCAAACAUCCCUGUCACCUACAAGGUGACCAACUGGGAUGUCCACCUGGAUCGAAGAGACGGUGGGCGGAUUGGCGUCGACAUCAUUCGGGAGUUUGACGGAUCACUGGCUGUGGCCAGGAUCGAGGAGGGUGGUUUGAUGGAGCAGUGGAAUCAAGAUUAUCCUGACCGCGCUGUUCAGCCUGGAGAUCGUUUUGCCGAGGUCAAUGGCAACACGGAUUCUUUGGCGGCCGAAUGCCGCAAGCAGCAAGAGUUGCGCAUCCUGGUCUACAGAGCUGUGCCAGACCGGGAUCCAUAUGUCGAAGCGAAACGCAUCGACAUGACAGCGUGCUUGGACAAGUUUUAUGGCCGCCACGCGAAUUGGCAGCAGAAUGUCGUGUGCAUCGGCGAUGCGGUGACCGAGCAGCAGGCAAUCAAAGAGGUGUUGCAGUCAAACUCGGAGUCUAGUCGCCCGAGGCCGCUCUGCAAAACGGUGAAUCUCAUCGAUACACCUUCGCUGGAGCAGCUGAGCAAUGAGCUGCGAAUCCUUGGGGUUUGGCUUGGCAAAAUGGUGAGCUAUGAAAAGGACUUCGACCUCUUUAUGGACCAGUUAGAUGACCUCGAAGCUGAGCUUUUCAAAGCUUAGUGCCGCUGACCAGUUCUCCGGGAAAAGCGGGGAAAAGCC